CACUUUUCGAACAUGGCGGACAUUGUGAGCUUCAUCAGACUUUGUACAUUGCUUCAGCUUGUUGUGUGUCAAUUUUGCUGGUGUGAUAGUUCUGUUAAAAUCCUCGAUGAUAAUUCUUUUGAGCACUUGACUCAAGCCUCAACGGGAGCAACAACUGGAGAUUGGUUGAUAGUUUUGUAAGUUUUUUAUAUUUCUUUCUUUCUGUUCAGGAGGAUUUGCUAUUUUCUUUUCACUGUCUUCGGAUAAUAAUUUAAAACACUAAAAUGCUUUUGUUCUUGUCAUCUUCAUAUCCCUAACAUGCAGCUCUUUCACUGAACGGGAUCCAGAGUGUAUACAAUGCAAGAAAGCAGAUGAGGCAGUUGAGAAAAGUCAAGAACGGUAUGUACUCUCGAAGAUUAUUUGCGCUUCAAUAUGUUUGUGUUAGUUACUUCCAUGGGCUUAUAGGUACCAUGAUUAUCAUUGAUCAGUUUGGUCUCAAAUAAAUUUGCAAGGGAUUUCACUUUCCCUGGAUGUUAGUCUUUUUGUUUUGUUUGUUUGUUUGUUUGUUUUUUUCAUAUUUUUCUGGGAAAAAAGUGUUUACACUUUAUUUACCCAAAAACAAAUCAACCAUCCAAAGCUAAACUGGAGUAAUUCUCUAUUCAGGGUCCAAUCUUCAAAUUAAUUGCCUGUCCCUGCAUCUUCAAUCAAUACAUGUAUAAAUCUGUUAAAUCUGUCAACCAGAUAACUGGGUGUCUUUUUAAGGAGUUACACAUACAGGUUUUCUUUUUUUUACUUCACAUUUUAGGUUGGGCCACAAGUUGAAUUUUGCCAGAGUGUUACCACCUAGAAGUAAAUGUAAGUUGGAAUUUUGUAUAUCACCUUUUCUAAUUUGCAAAUGGCAAUUUAGUUACUUUGUGAAUUUGGCAUGAUGUUAAUUGCCAUUAUAGGUAGGUUAAGUCUGCCAGUCUAUCACUAUGUUGGUCAGUCUGAUCAGUCUGACACCUAGCCAGGUAAUCUGUUAGUCAGUUAGCCAGCUCAUUAGGCAAUCAUCUGUUAAGGCAUCCUAUUAGCCAGUCAGCCAUUAGGCUAGAUACUAUUGGCAACCAUAACAGGGAUUUUUAAUACUUUAGAAUCCACCAUUGCUCAGUGAAUUAUUUACCAUUUCAUUGUUAGACCCGGCUGAUGUCCAACCUUAAACUUUUUGAUUUUCAGUGACACUUAGAAGAUUCGAUGUUCACAAAUGGCCAACUGUUCUUCUGUAAGUUCUCCAGAAUGAUUUUUGACACCAGCAGCUUGAUACUAAUUAAAUAGAGGGUGAUCCUUGUAUCUUGUUUCAAUUCAUUAAAAGAGCCUUGGCUUUCUCUUUGGUAAAAUGAAACACACUGAUAAAUAGAUUAGCACCCACAUUAUCACAAUUUGCAGCUGUAUGUCUAUUUGAGUAGAGAAGAUUUAUUAUUGGUAACCAUAACUUUGUCAUAUCCUUUUUGUAUAAUUAAGGAAUUAUCAUGGAAGGUUAUCGUGAACUUAAGGCUCAAAUGGUUUAAAACUAGAUUAAUUAAAAUUUACUUUAAAGAUGUUGGAAAUGAUAAUAAAUUAUGCCAGGAACAAAGGAAACUACAAAUUGAAUAAGUCUGAAAUUACUUGCACCUGGUCCUGAUUGUCAACACUAAACUUCAUCAGAUAAAUCACUUUUUGGUGAAUAGAGCACAGUGCAUUUUUUUGACUCUUCUCUGCUGGAUAGUGAUAUACAUGUAUCCAGUGGAUGGCAUUUUCCACCCAUUUAACAACUAGGCCUUAGAAUUUAAUUUAAACUAUGAUGCUCAGACUUGUGGAAAAUCUCACAGUUGUGACUUUGAAAUGCUGACAUCUCUUACCUUGUUUUUAAUUUUUUCAGCCUUAAACAGGGCAAACAAUAUCAUUACUCAUCAGAGAAUCUUGAUGCAGAGUCUUUUGUAAAUUUUGUCGAAGAAGGUUACAAGCUGGCAGCAGUUACACCAGUACCACCUCCUAUAGGAAAAUUGUAAGUACCGGUAUUAGUUACACUUGUCUACAAAUUCAUGUUCAUAUAGUUUUUCAGCUUGGGUAUUUCACUUAUAUCAACUCAGUUGGUAAAACAAAAUUAUCUUGUAAAACCCAUCACAGAUGUAUCACCUCAGUGUCUUUGGAAAUUUACCCCCUGUAUAAUUAACAAUUGAGAUAACAUAUUAGAUGGGAAGAAAAUGGUAAUUCAGGUAUACAUGGUUGACUUGUGGAUUGAGACCGGGCUUUUCACAGUUGAUGUGUUUAGCUUCCUUGAAAUUUUGUGAACUAAUUCAAGGCAGAAUCUGAGACCCAGGAAAGCAUGUUUUCCAAAAUUAAAAUUUUUGGUGAUGUGAAAAAUAUCUCUUGUAAAGUAAAUUGAAAAGUAAAUGAUUACCUUCAGCUUUGCGAUGUGAAAGAGGAGAGGGAAGGGAGGGACGACUUCUAAAGGCCAGCAAGAUAUCUUCUAAGGACUAUUGGUAACAUUUGUAACUUUCACCAGUUAACCCUUUGGCACCUAAGAGUGACCACAAUGUAAUUUCUCCAUACUUUAAUACUGCUGAUUCAUUCUUUGAUAUAAUGAGAAUAAAGUAGCUAUUAAUAGCUAAAUCUUAGAAGUUUUGAUUGUUAAUCAAAUUCUCCUUGUCAGUAACAAAAAAAUGUAUAGAAAAAAGUAUGGAGAAUAUAGAAACUUAUGCUUAGGUUUAAAGGGUUUAACUUUCUCUUUAACAUUUUUGUUUUGUUUUGUUUUUUUGCUUGUUUGUUUUUUAUCAUUCAGCGAUGUUUUCCUUGAAGAAAUCAUGGAUGAUGUAAGGGUAAGUAUACAACAUUGUCAACAUCUUUACUUCUUCGUUCUUAAUCAUGAUUUUUUUCUUAGCAUUUCUUUUACUCCAUAGGGUACUAGUUAAAAUUAGCUACUCCUGAAUUUGAGAUAAAACAUAGCUCUCUUAAUGAAAUUCAUGUAAGGAUUAGCAAAGAAUUGAACUGGUUUGAAAAACUUUAAACUUAGAUAAAAUUUUAGCAAAUACAAGUUCUGAUCUAGUGACUUUGAUGAGUGAAAUUAAUACUUCUUAUUCCAUCACCAGCACAUUAUAAUGCUGAGAAAAAAUGCAGCUGCCAUGAUUUUUAUUGCGGGAAUACUGUUUGGUCUAAUGAUCACACCAGUACUUAAAUUGUUGGUGGUAUGUCUCUACAACUCGUUCCUACAAGAACCAGACUCAGACCAAAACUUUGAAGAUGAGGGUUUGGGAAAAGAUGAAGUUGAUGAAGAUGAAGAGGAAGAGAAGAAAGACAGAUGAAAUGGCCAACUGUUGUGAACUUGAUACAUAUAAUGCUCUAUCACAUCUCUGAGACCAUCUUAGAACUUGGGUUCUAUAAGAUGUUUAUAGACCAUAUUAUUCUAACCAGUCCCAAAGGAGAUUAUUCUUGCUUACAUUGAGGCCUCUAAUGAACCUUAGAUUGACUUAUUACUUCUGUGUUGAAUCGUCUCCAGAGACUUAUUUAUUACUAGUUGUCCAGUAUACACAUAAAGAAGAUCUUUUCAUAGCUUUUCUGAUAAAUUCCAAUCAGCACUAGAAAAACGUUAUAUUUAAGAAACUAUGAAACAAUUAUUUUACAAACAGAUUUCAUGUUUCCGUGCGUCUAUUCAGUAAAAGAUCACAGGUAACGUCAAAAUAUGAUCAGAACAAACACGUGGCACAUGAGGCGCAGCCUAGUGUGUCACUGAUAGUCUUACCAUAUUUUGAAAUCUUUUGUGAACUAUUACGGAACAGACCAACGGUAAUAAGGAAACUAUUUGUUGUAUGUUUAUUAGAAAGAAGCAAAAUUUGUAGAUGUUAAUGACAUCUAUACGACUAUCCUCGAAUAGAUCAUGAGUAGGAGCCAAUCACAAGUUGUGUUUACACUGUUAUUUGGC